CCAAUUGUAAAUCAACAAAGGCGUACUCUCUCCUUUGGAGCCUCAGCCUUUUUUCAGAGAUGGAUACAGAGAGAGAGAGACAUUGAACCUUUUCUGUCCGAUCAAUUUAGGUUUUCCGCUUCGGAUCCGAUCGCAACCCAGAAUUUCAAAAGACAGACCUUGAUAGCGUCCAUUUUCUUACUGCAGCCCGCGUUGUCCAAUAGAUCUUAAAGUUGGCUCCUCAAAGACGAUCGCAGCGCCACAUGGGUGGCCAGAUGCAGCAGAGCAAUGCUGCGGCGGCAACCGCCCUAUACGAUCAUGCCGGUGGCGGGUCUGUUCACAAUGCAGGCCCCGCGAGCGACGCUGGCGAUGCGGUCAUGGCGCGGUGGCUUCAGUCCGCUGGGUUGCAGCAUCUGGCCUCUCCAUUGGCCUCCGCCAGUAUCGAUCACCGCCUCCUCCCUAAUCUUCUCAUGCAGGGAUACGGAGCUCAGUCUGCUGAAGAGAAACAGAGGCUUUUUAAGUUGAUGAGAAACCUUAAAUUUAAUGGGGAGUCUGCUUCUGAGCCAUACAUGCAUACUGCCCAAACUUCAGGUGGGGUAGCCACAUCUGAUGGGUUUUAUUCUCCGGAGUUUAGGGGCGAUUUUGGUGCUGGGCUUUUGGAUCUUCAUGCUAUGGAUGAUACAGAGCUUUUGUCUGAGCAUGUUAUUUCAGAACCCUUCGAGGCUUCUCCCUUUAUGCCUGGCAGUGCCAAAGUAUUUGAUGAUGAGUUCAAUGUGACGGGCGGUGGACAGCAAGGAGGGCGACCAGAUGUAGAUGCAUCAUUUCCAUUACCUGCGAAUGAAAAAGAGAGCAUGAAGGAAAAUAAUGUGGCUAAAAUUAAAGUUGUGGUACGUAAAAGGCCUUUGAACAAAAAGGAGAAUUCUCGGAAGGAGGAGGAUAUAGUAAGUGUAUAUGACAAUGCUUUGACUGUCCAUGAACCCAAACUGAAGGUGGACUUGACUGCAUAUGUGGAGAAGCAUGAGUUUUGUUUUGAUGCUGUUCUUGAUGAGGAUGUCUCCAAUGAUGAGGUAUACAGGGUCACCGUUGAACCUAUCAUUCCAACCAUUUUUGAGCGAACAAAGGCUACAUGUUUUGCUUAUGGCCAGACUGGUAGUGGUAAGACAUUCACAAUGCAACCGUUACCUCUCAGAGCUGCUGAAGACCUUGCUAGAUUGUUACAUAAACCACUCUACCGUAAUCAGAGAUUUAAAUUGUGGCUAAGCUAUUUUGAGAUAUAUGGCGGGAAACUCUUUGAUCUUCUCAGUGACAGAAAGAAACUUUUUAUGAGGGAAGACGGAAAGCAACAAGUUUGUAUUGUUGGACUGCAAGAAUUCGAAGUUUCAGAUGUACAAAUUGUUAAAGAAUACAUUGAGAGAGGUAAUGCUGCAAGAAGUACAGGAUCCACUGGUGCCAAUGAGGAAUCUUCCAGGUCCCAUGCUAUCUUGCAACUUGCCAUUAAGAAGCACAAUGAGAUGAAAGAUUCCAGGCGUAAUAAUGAAGGAAAUGAGUCUAAACCAGGGAAGGUUGUUGGGAAGAUUUCUUUUAUUGAUCUUGCUGGUAGUGAAAGAGGUGCUGACACCACUGACAAUGACCGACAAACAAGGAUUGAGGGAGCUGAAAUCAACAAGAGUCUUUUGGCUCUCAAGGAGUGCAUUCGUGCACUUGACAAUGAUCAGCUCCAUAUUCCUUUCCGCGGGAGCAAACUCACAGAAGUGCUUCGUGACUCGUUUGUUGGCAAUUCAAGGACUGUUAUGAUUUCUUGCAUUUCUCCAAAUGCAGGUUCCUGUGAGCAUACGCUUAACACUUUGCGAUAUGCAGACAGGGUUAAAAGUCUAUCCAGAAGCGGAAAUGCGAGAAAGGAUCAGGCUAUCAAUUCAUUACCACCAAUUAAUAAAGAUGUUUCAUCAGCAUCAUCUCUGCCAGUUUCUGUUGACUCAGAUGAUGUUUAUGACCAGUGGCAAGAGGUGAAAGUACCAGAUGUAGGAAGAAGGGUUGUGGAAAAGGAAAAUGCCUCAUACAAUCCUACUGUUGAUUAUAGCAAUAAACAGUCCUCCAGUGUUUCGUCUAGUUACCCCUUAAAUGGACGAGAGGAGAAAGGGGUGGCUUCCGGCUCAAUGGACAGGGAGAGGUAUGAAAUGAAAAAUUCUUAUGGUGAUUCUACUAUUCAAAAGUCAAACUCCUCUUAUUCCCAAAACUCAGAAGAUACAGAAGAGAAAGUGCAGAAGGUUUCACCACCUCGUAGAAAAGUGUCUAGGGAAGAAAAAUCAGAGAAGCUGGGGAACUGGCUGAGAAAAGAUCUUAAUGGAUCAGAUCUCUCUACCGCAAAAACCAAGCAGCAGAAUACAGUCACAUACAGCUCAAAUAAUGUUGGACCUCGGCAAUAUGAACCAGAACCCCUACCUGAUGGAAAUAUUAAUGCAAUACUUGAGGAAGAAGAGGCCUUAAUUGCUGCUCAUAGAAAAGAAAUUGAAGACACGAUGGAGAUUGUUCGUGAAGAAAUGAAACUGCUGGCAGAAGUGGAUCAACCAGGCAGCCUCAUCGACAACUAUGUUACUCAGUUGAACUUUGCGCUUUCUCGCAAGGCAGCAGGUCUGGUUAGUCUGCAAGCUCGCCUUGCAAGGUUCCAGCACCGAUUGAAAGAACAGGAGAUACUUAGUCGGAAAAGGGUGCCACGCUAAGGCAGCUCUUUGUUUCUUUGCUUUAAUGACUGCACCAUAUACUGCCAUUCACGAUCCACGCAGAGGAUUGAGGUACUUUGGGAGAGUGUCUAAGGCAAUGCACAGAAAAACUGUACUUGAGGGCUAUGGUCGAUGUGGUUUGAACAAGAAUGAGGUUUUAUGUCUGUAAUCGAAGUUUUACUGUUG